AUGCCGCCACGCAGGGCCCAAAAGGUAACAGCGUCUUCACCCACAAAGAGGGCAAAAGGGAGCACGUCCACGGCCAACAAGGGCAAAAGGAAGCGCGAUGCCGUUGCUACGAAGGCGCAUAGUCCACCCGUUUUGAUGAGCUUGAGUAGAAUAAUUGAAGGCCAUCCGUUGGACGUUGCCGAGGAUUGUGCUGUGACCACGGGUCCAGUAUCAUGUGAUGAUAAUUUGUUUUUGCAUCAGCGCUUGGCUACCAUUCUGCACGGUGCUUUCCUCAUUACGAUGACGACAAAGGCACAAAUUGGGAUCUUUGACGUUGGAGAAGGUAUCACGGCAGCGGUGGAUGAUCGCUGGCUCGAAGCAAUUGUGCGAUAUAGUGGAUUUACAGUGGUUUUGAACGAUAUCAUUGAGACUGCGGCGGCAUUUAACGAUUGGUUGAAAGUCUUUGUGAGUUUGAAACAAAAUGGGGAGAUGGAGCAGAAUCCUCUCAAUACUGUUGGAAAGGCAGCGGGGUUGGCGGCAGGGGUACCAAAAGAUAUUAUUGUGGUGAGACUGAAGCUCCUUCACUCGAGUGUGCCUUCUGUUCAGGAAGCAGAGGCAUUUCUUCGGAAACGGUGGGGUCAGAGCAGUGGUUGGCGGCGGAACACAAUAAGUUGUUUUGAAUUCAGCAAACAUGCUGAGACCGUAUCGACGGAAAAAUUUGAGGGUAAUUCUACUCAGUCAGAAGCUGGAGGGCCCAAUUCUGAUGUUUCUUCUUCGGUGAUCAUUGACAGGAUUGCGAGUGACAGUGACGGGUUGAGUGAUGAAGAGCUACUAGCACAGAUUUCAAGGGAGCUUCGGGCUUCAUUGUCCGAGAAAAAGCUGCGCUAUUUAGUCGCUCAAAUGCGGAGGGAGGCGAUUGGGCUGGAUGCAAAGGAGCAGGAGUUGGUAACUAGACGUCAACAGCGGGAGCGUCUUUUGGCUACCUACGAUCUGGUGCGUGUUAUACUUGGUGAAAGACGCUCUGUGUGCAGCAUAAAGCAGUUGGUGCAACAGAUGGUAGCGCAGAAUCGAUUUUGUGAUGGGGAAGAAAGUAUCCUCAAGCAGCUGGCUUCUCUCGCCCGGUACAGUGAGAGUGGCAUUGCGAUAUUUGCGUUCAACGGUGAUUCAGAUGGACAGCAUCCGGGUGGAGUGGUGGAGGGCGAAUCUUCGUCAUUCUACUCAAGGGAGGUGGAUGUGAGUCAGUGCAACAUGCAGGAGUUGGAGGCGGUGCUGCUUCGUUUAGAUCGCCACGUGGCGUCAAGAACCAAACUAUACGCAGCGCUGCAGCAGCGGUGA